CUCACCGCAGAGCUGAAGAGAAGACACUGCCUGCCAGCUGUACAGCCUCUGCGGCCUGUAUCCUUCAUACCAGCGGAGCUCCGUCCUGUCUGACAGUUUCCGAUCUGCAGGGCGGCUAUCAGAGGAAGGAUGAAGGUCACAAUAUUAUUGCUUAUUUCAACCCAGGUGUUCUUAGCUACAGCUGGACCAUCUCGGGGUGGUAAAGAACCUGUGUUAACAUCCAUUGCAUGUAAUGACCAAGCAGCAGACUCCGCUACUGAUUUGUCUUUGCGUCAACUGAAUGCCAACCGAAGAGAAGGGUUUGUGUUGGGACUUAAACGAAUUUCCAAUGUACAAGAACAGUAUGAUGAGGAAAAUGGUUCUAUAUUUUAUCUCACUUUGGACGUUUUGGAAACUAACUGUCAUGUACUGAGUCGUCGAUUUUGGAAAGAUUGUGAGGCCAAGCCUCGCCAUGAAGCAGUUUUUGGACAGUGCAAAGUGAUAUUUCAGUUGAAUAAAUCCAAAAGAAUAGCUCACCUCCACAACUAUGAUUGCACACUGAGCCCAGCUGCCCGUUUGCCAUUUGGUUGCCCUGGUUGCCAUUUUUCCCAACCACUGAAUGAUACUAGUUUUCAAGAGGUUGCAAAGAAGAGUCUGGAGAAGUUUAACAAGGAAAGCAAUUAUAACAAAUACUUUAGUCUUGGAAACAUCACAAAAGCGGCUCAACAGGUGGUUGCAGGAAAAGCUUACCAUGUGGAGUUUACAAUAGUGGAGUCUACCUGUAACAAGUCAGCUGAUGAUUUCUCCCUGUGUGAAGCCCUGGACUGUGAAUUUGCACAUACCGGCUACUGCAAAAGUAUGGCUGUAGCACAUUGGAGCAGCCCAGAUGACAAGAAAGUGCAAAAGGUCACCUGUGAUGUAUUUGAACCAGAGGCGGCUGUUGUCGAAGAGCAGAAGCAUAAAGAAGGCCAUGCUGGUGAUCAACCAAGUAGUGACAAUAAAGAUCAUGGAAAGAAAGGAGAUAGAGGAGGAGGAAAAAAGCAUGGCCACAAACAUGGGCAUGCUAAGCAUGGCAACAAACAUAGCCGUAAACAUAACCACAAACAUGAUCAUAACCAUGACAGCGGAAGUCAUGAACAUGAGCAUGAUCAUGAACAUGAGCAUCUACACGAUUAUGAGCAUCAUCAUGGUCAACCACAAAGGCCCCAUGGUCCUCCAUCAGAUGCACCUAAAACAGUUGGCACAAUUACAUAUCUUUCUGGAAAUGUAGCCCCAACUACAGCUUCACCUGCAGAUGCAGCAAAGAAGGGCAAGGGGCCAAAACCAGAUAAGAAAGAACAAAGAAAGCCAUCAAAAUCAUUUAUUCGCCCUUUCCCCGAAAAGGCCUCAACAUCAGACCAAUGCCCAGGUCCGGUCAAGAAUAUUCCAUUUACUGAAAAUGUUCCCGCUGUAGAAGUGACUCAAGAACCAACUCCACUUCCAAAGUAGACAUCAUUUCUCCCUGUGCAUUUCCUAUGCUUGU